AUGAAGAGUUUCACGCUUGCAUCAAUUACAGCAAUGGUAAGCAUGUAUACGCAAGCAUUUGCUUUGGAAUAUUAUAGUUGUAAUGGGAAACACAUCAAUUAUUUCAUCCUCGUGGAUUAUGUCGCAUUAAUGUACAAUAAGUUGUGCGAAAGGAAUGGGGCAAGCUAUUCUGCGGCACCUGGUCCAAAUACCGCCCAAAUUUCUUUUAGUUACAAAUUCGACUAUCCACUUGAUGCUGGAUCAGAUUUUAAAGCUAUUGUACGGGUUGAAUUUGACAAUUCUAAAAAUAUAUUGGAAGUUAUAGCUGCCACAGGGGCGGAAACCUAUAUAUGCUAUCCCGUAGAUUAA